GCGUAGCAAUCGCGAAGGAUAUGGGGACCGGGAUGAGCACCUUGUACGGGUGGAGAGCCAAGGAAGCAGACAUCAGACAACAGGCAGCAGUCUCCAUGCCCGGCGCCAAGUCUACGAAGGGGGCUGAGUUUGCGAAGGUGGAGCAAGCAGUCAUGGAAAUGUUGGUGCAGGCGAGGGCACUGAGAAUGCCUGUCAACCGGGACGCGAUCCAGGCAUUCGGGCGCAAAGCUCGUCGUGCCCUCGAGAACGCAGCAUCUACGGACGCCGAGCGUGUGCAGUACGGCGGCUUCAACGCGUCCGAGGGGUGGAUAAAGAAGUUCGUCAAGCACAACAACCUGCACUCCCGUACACUUCACGGCGAAGCAGGCAGCGUCGACGACGAAGGCAUCGCCGAUCGCCUCAGAGUAAUCCGCGAGACGUGCGCUCAGUAUGCCCCAGAAUGCGUCUACAACGCCGACGAAACCGGGCUGUGCUACAGGAUCAUGCACAAGGCUACAUACCUCGCACCAUCAGAGCUCAAGACGACCGUGCGAGGCGUGAAAGGUAUGAGAGCGAAGGAUCGAGCCACCGCCUACAUGGCUACGAGCGCCAGCGGGCGUAAGGUGCCGCUGUCCUUUAUCGGCACAGUCAAGGAGCCCCGGUGCUUCAAGAUCCGGGGCUCAUCCAUCAAGAACUUCAGCCAGAAGAACGCGUGGUCGGACGCGCGAGUGUUCAAGCUGUGGUGGUCGCAAGUGUUCCUGCCACACGUGCGCUCCGUCACCAGCGAGAAGGUUCUUCUCAUCAUGGACAACCACAGCAGCCACCCCGACCUCGUACACCCCAGGAAGCAGGCGAAGGAACGCAAGGUGAUUCGGGGCUGCAUGGGGCUCGCGGAAGGAGCGCAGCCUCACAUCCUGGACGCAGCUGAGCUAGGCCUCGAGGCGUGGAAGGAAGUUUUGCCGGAGACAAUCAAGAGGUGUGACGUGGGAAAGAAUAUCCGCAACAAGAAGGAGAGUCUCGAAGAGUUGACGGACUUGGUGCAGCGUCAUUCUCUUGAGGCGAAGAAGACAACUGUCGAUGAAGACCUUGGCGAAUCGCUUAAGGGUCUGGGGUUGGUACCUGGCGCAACGUCAACCCGGGAUUCCAUGGAAGCCGUGCAUGGUUGCGUGAAGAGGAAAAAAAAGGGUGUAGCGGAGGCGAUUAUUGCAGAUCUGAAGGACGAUCUUUGCGAGGAGUUGCUUGCCCACCUGAACAUGGACCAAUUGAACAGAGACUCGGACGACGACGAGGCCGACUCUUCGGCGGGAGACGAGGGACAGUGUACGCAGCCCCCGGUCUCUCCUCGUCCGCCACCGUAAGCUGACGUAUCUAGGCAGUUCGGAGACCUCGAAG